AAGCUGGAAAACAUACACGUUCAACAAGUUGCUGGGGUUUUAAUUGUUUGUUCUCUUCUUCUGUGGAAGCCGAGUUUGAGAUCUGGAGUGAUAACUGUAAAAGAGUUAAAACUACGUGUGACACCCUGUAACCACCUGCAUAAUGAAAUCAAACCACUGAAGUCAUUUGCAGACCGUCUUGGCAAAUGUCACAUAAGCCUAAAUGGCCUCUCUGGAAAGAAAACAUGAGGCUUGCAGCCCCUUCAUUCCACGACGCAAUGCAGGGAGGAAAACAAGUGCAGAGAUCGUCAGUGAAGUCAGACGGUCCCUGCGAGUCCAGUCCACCCAACGGCCAUUUACUCCCAGAGAUGGACACCGGCAACUUUUUGGAAAAAGCUCUGUUCGCGCUGACUGCGACAGCAGACCUCCAUCUACGUUUAGUCUUCAUGCUAAACAUUUUGAUGCACCUGACUCGAGGCCAGGUUCAGGGACACGCCUCUCUCCUCUAGAGCAUAAGCCAAAGUUUCCAGUCCCCUGUGAUGGUGAGGAUGCCUUCACGGCCUUUCCCAAAAACCCCAGCGCCCCACUGAAAGGGAAGAAGGGGCUGCCAGGGACGCGGGCACGCCUCCGCUGUGCUGGAUCUCUCACCGCGUUGUCUCCUGUAAAGGGACACAAAGAUAUGAAAGAACGAUUAAAUCCAGGCCCGGGACAAAAGCAGCCGUCAGCUAAACAACUCCCCAGUACAGACCGCACUGAGGUCUGCAGCGGUCCCCACAAACCAGGCCCACGCAGAACAACAAGUGAACGAAGAAUAAUGCAGCCUGGUGUGGACUCAGACCUUCGACUCACAGAGUGCACAGAAGGACUGAGAACAGAGCAGGGGAACAGAGAAAACACAACAAGCACAGAGGAGGAUGCAGAGUCACUGGUGUGGAAUAAUAUGAUUGCUCCUCGUCUCCAACAACUAGAGAGAGUGGCUGCAGCCAGCUCGGUGGAUCGACUGUGUGAUUUGUGUGACGGUCUCCAUGGCACCUUGGCAGAAGCGGACAUGCUCGGCCGACACUGUAAGAGGAGGUCAGGGAUACUUCGAACACUGUUCCGCCUCAUCGACCUCAACUCUGCCCAGCUCAACCUGCGCAUCGCCACGCUCUGCCUAGCUCUGUGUGUCAGUGGGAACAACCUGCUCAACAUCUGUAAGCUCAUCUUCCAGAUCAGCCGCAGUGAAAGCAACGACCUCCUCUUCCAGAACGACUCGAUCAUAGAGUCCUUUCUGGACAUUUUGAACAACGAGGAUGUGUCCUCAUCUGGAGAAACUCUGCUGUACUGUGCUGGGACUCUGAAAUUUCUCUCAGGAAACAGUGCAAUCCUCCGAAUCCUGCUAGACAAGAACUGUGUUGGUGUGGCUCAGAAGCUCAUCCAGAGGCUCUGUAGAGCUGAAGACACCAACUUCACAAUAGCAGGGCACAUCUUUGUACAGCUGACAGCGACCUUGAGGAACCUUGCAGAUCACCCUGAUUCCCGUCCACUCUUCAUCUCCUUCUCUAUACUGUCAGAGCUCUGUGUGGUGCUGCGUCAUCACAGCAAAGACCCCGACAUCUGCACCAACAUUUCCAGAAUAUACAGUAAACUCUCCUCUUACUCGGAGUGCCGGCUCGCUCUGGCCCAGACCCCCAACUGCUACCAACUAUUUUUAGAACUGCUGAACAAACAUCACCAAAAACAGGAUCUUGUUGUGCGCCUUCUUUUCAUCGUUGGGAACCUCACAGCCAAAAGCGACGAGGCUCGAUGGCAGCUCUUUCAGUGUGAGGGCUGCAUGGACACACUCCUGCAGCUGUACGACACCUACCAGCGUAGAGACGACUCACCACACACACAACCACAGAAAGGUGCCCCUUCCCACAGCGAGCCUAAGGCCCCUCCAGGGAAAGUGCUGCAGGACGAGGACGUGCUGGUCAAACUGGUCAGGGUGCUGGCAAACAUGUGCAUCCACCCGGCUGUAGGUCCGGCUCUGGCAAACAACGCAACCUGCAUUCAGCUGCUGAUGGAGACACUUGAGCUGAGGUGUGUGCAGGAAAGCGAGGAGCUGUUGGUGAAUGUGGCUGCCACCAUCAACAACCUGUCCUUCUACCCGGGCAGCUCUGUAUUCAGACGCAGUCAACUCACCAUGGCAAAGUUGAUGUUGAAGUUGGUGCUCUGCUCCAGCAUAGACGCCAUGCUUGAGGCCACCCGUGUAUAUGGAAAUUUAUCACGAUCCAAGGAUGUACGGGAAUUUAUCAUGCAAAACAGAGUGCACCAGUUUGUAGUGACACUGCUCGACUCAAAAAGCACUGAGAUGUGUAUUUCAGCCUGCGGGGUCCUCACCAACCUGGCUCAGGACCCCCCCAACAGGGCUAGUCUCUCAGUGGAGGGGGCUACUGCCAAGCUCGUGGACUGUCUGAGAGACUUCGGACCAGGUGAUUGGCAGCUGGGGGGCCAGGUUUGUCAGGCGUUGUGGAACAUGAUCAGUGGCGGCUCAGAGAAGCUGCUGGACACACAGGAGAGAGAGUCGCUGCUGGAGAUCCUCACCACAUACUUAGAUGAAGAGGAGGCUCUGAAGUGGAUAGAGAAUGAAGACAUGAGGGACUUCCACAGGGCAUGCUGGGAGUUAGAGUUCCUUCCUGUCGCUCAAAAACUGAUGAAGACGCUCCAGCCUCCGGACCAGAGAGCCUGAUUAAAUACUUCACCCAGAGUCCGUAAUAGCUGUUAAACAUUAACCUGCAUGGCUGUAAAGGUCUGCUGUUUCUUUUUCAAAGGGGGGGGGGCAGGUGAUGCCAGUCACAGUGAAUUAUAUCGCUACUUUUCAAGCCUAAAAAAAGUAGCCUGCUGUGGCAUAAUUCACUUCUCCGCUGUCCAUCUACAUGCUCAAGUUGGUUUCCUGUGCCUAUUGAUGGUAUUUUUCAUAAUACAACAAACUUCAGCCAGUUUUGAGGCCUACAGAUGGCCAGUGUGUCACAUUCAAAACAAUAGGUUGUGGUGGUUGAUAAAUGUAAUUAUGCAAGAAAUAAGAAGCAGGGUGAAUCUGUGCGAAUGUGAAAAUAAUAGAUUUUGUUUCAGUUUUAUACACUUUUAGAAACAAGAUCUUCAUUUAUUUAUUAUAUUCACUCUUUAUAUUAUCAAUACCAGCUAUUUGUAUGCACUUUAAUUUCUGUAAAACUUGCAGCUUCUGGGUACCUUCACAUGUACAGGGAUAAAUUAAUACAAGCUCUUUGCACAUUUAUGUCACAGUCAAGCUCGCUGGGUUGUAAAGGCUCUUUUAUGCAAAUGUAGUUUUGAAAACAGAUGACUGUUCUAGAACAAGUGAAUCUUUUAUUGUCUAUAGAUUGUGUGCCAUUGGAACUUGUACAUAAUAAAGCAGAAGUAGUUGGAAAACAUGUUUGCUUCUCAAAGCCUUUAUUAUUACACAGAUGUGCGGCUAGGCAGUGCUUACAAGUAACACCAAGUAGCCUUAAGUACAGCAUUUCAAAAUCACAUCAUUAUUACAUCGAAACAAAUCCAAAACGGCACUUAAUGUUAAAAAAAAAAAAGUUCCCCCAAUUUUCACAAUAGUGACAUUAAAACAACCACAA